AUGGACAUCAAGAUAAGCGUCUCUGCCGACUUCGAGGCCAGCCCCGAGAACAUACUGGCCUUCCAAACAAUGGUGGCCCAGAUGGUGCAGGAGACUCCUGAAAUUCAGAAGAGGAUUAGCUGCUUUGGCACAGGAUUUUCGUGUCACAGCCCGCUUGGGUACCUGACGAUUAGAAAUCGUGCUGAAGCACACGGGCCAGUAGAGGAUUUUGGUAGUGCAAACUCUGCCGGUAAGAUGGAGUUCAAGGGCAUCUCUUCCGAAGAUAUCAAGGUAUAUCUUCCCUCCACGGAGGAGCCCGAGGAGGUAGUACACUCUAACACUGUCCUCUAUUCAACCCUUCAUUUGCCGCAUGUUCUUCUGCAGACAACGUGGGAUAAUAUCAUACUCCCAGACACCGUAAAGACGCAGCUCAGGCAAUUAGUCAGGGCCUCCAAGCGGCUGUCGUCCCAUAAGGUGGAUCCGAACAUUGUCUCUAUGCACAAAAUGCUUCUCUUGCAUUCUGUCCCGGGAUGUGGCAAGACGUCUAUCGCAACUGCUCUCGCACAGGAGCUUUCUGUGGACCUGGCGCCUCCCGGUGCUAUCAUUACCAAUACUUCGCUACUUAUUACAGUCAAUGCACACGCCCUCUUCAGCAAGUGGUUCUCUGAGUCUGGCAAGAUUAUCACGAGGCUAUUUACCAGCAUAGCGGAGGAAGCCAAUGACAACAAGGAAAUAUAUCUGUUAAUUGAUGAAAUAGAAUCUCUUGCUGGGAAUCGGGAGCGAGCCAUAUCUGCUGGAGAGCCAUCAGACAUGGUUCGAGCAGCGAAUGCCAUGCUCACGCAGCUUGACCAGUUGAAACGAUUCAGUAAUGUUUAUGUCCUCUGCACAACUAACUUGAUCGACACACUCGAUCCAGCUUUUGUAGAUCGCUGUGACGCUGUUAUCAAUUUGACGCUUCCUGGCGACACUGCUCGUCAGUUGAUCUUGGAAGGCGUCAUUAGCGAGCUUCUGGACAAGCAAGUCCUUACUAGCCUACUUCAUGUCGAUGCUGCUGCACAUCCUUUUACCGUUACCAGCAAUGCCUGCUCUCUCGGCACGGACGGUAAACCUUGUCAACGGUGUCACCAGUGCUUAGAACACAUAACCCUACAGACUCUGUUCAAGACUAUUAUUACGAGUAGCUUCGGGUUAUCUGGAAGGCAACUACGAAAGCUCCCUUACACUGCCCUCUCUCUCUGCAGUGAUGAUGACUUUUCACUUGUUGCCUUCUUGAGGUCAUUUAUUUCACUUCUUAAGGACAGACAGAAGUAA